AUGAAUAAUAUUCAGAACAACUUCAUGCUGAUGUAUAGAAAUCUGAAAAAAGUUGGCGGACUGGAAAUUGCAACAAAAAUGUACAUCAAUGAGACAAUUUGGCCUCAGCCGAGCUACAAAUCAACAAUCAUAAGAGUCUUAAAUGCAGACAUUGAGCAAAUUGCCUUUGCCCAAAAUAUUGAAGCAGCUGAAAAAAUCAAUGGAUUUGUUGCUGAAAAGACCCACAACAUGAUAACGGAAGUGAUUGAUGCUGAUUCAAUUGAUUCCGGAACAACAAUGAUUCUCGUCAAUUGCAUCUAUUUUAAAGGCGAAUGGCUGUACACGUUCAAUAAAAGCUUAACAUUCACUGGCAAUUUUUUUGUUGACAAUACAAACACAGUUCCAGUUGACUUUAUGACUAUAAAGUCGAAGUUUUCUUAUGGCUAUAUAUCCGAAUUUGAAUCAAUGGUCGUGUCACUUCCAUACAAGAAUUCUGACAUGACAAUGUUGCUGGUACUGCCCAGAAAUAAGACUGGACUUCCAUAUGUGAUCAGUAAAAUGUCAGACUUUGAUUGGUCAACAGUUGAUAAGAAUAUGAGAGUAGUCAAUGUUAAUGUCACAAUGCCAAAGUUUAACAUUACGUUUGAUUCGCAUAUAGACAGUAUUUUGAAAAAUAUGGGGAUGAAAGAAAUAUUUGACCCAAAGAAAGCCUGUCUUGAUCGAAUAUUGUCUUCACAAGUAAAAAGCACGAACAUCUAUGUCGACACAGUCAUUCACAAAGCUGUCAUAAGAGUUGACGAAGAAGGAACAGUAGCUGCAGCGGUAACAGUAAUCAUGACAAGAUCAAUGGAACCGACACUUGUAUUUAAUCGUCCAUUUUUGUUCAUGCUUCGAGCUGGUCCAACCAUUCUCUUCAUUGGACAAUUCACUGGAGAUCAACCACCAACAUUUAAUGACCCUGACGAUUGGGUUACGUCACCAAUUCCUAAUGUUGGCAUUCAAAGUAUUCUCAAAAAAAAUUAA